CCAUGUGUGAUUGCAGUUUCCUCUGGGCGUCCAUUUCAUCAGCCCGAAAUUAAGGAGAGAAGAAGACAAGGCUGCCGGCGGCUGGUGGGACCCUCUCUUUUCUUCCCCACCCAUCACCACCAUCACCCCAACAAUCCCGUAUCCCACCCCACUUGGACUUUGCUGGUCACGGAGCUGCUCGACCACCCCUCGGCAACCCCCUCAUCACAGCUCUCUUCCAACCCCGGCCUCGCUUGGCUUGGAGGCCGGGGUGGGAUCUCCACCACUAUCAGCUUUGGGGUGACUUGGUGGGUUUUGAGGGGCAUUGGGUUUGCCCUUUCACCUUUUCACCACCCACUCUGUGGUGGCCGGAUGAUUUUUCUCCUUCCCGGCUCUGAACCGCAAACCCAUUGCCACCUGUGCUGCCCAUCUUCUCCCACCACCACUGGAUGCCGACACCAGAGUCGGAUUCAGCCUUGGCAAGAAGGUCACAGCGCCGUCACCUCCAACCCAUCCUUUUCCUCCUCGCUGUCACCCUGGUGCAGCAGAGGGGACAUCAACCAUAGAGGAAACCCACGCCUGAGGCAAGAAGAAACAAUCUCUGUGGAGGUUUCAGCUCUUGGGUUCAUCCUUUCUCCUGCAUGAGACAACCUCAGCUCUGUGGCUCUGCCAGGCGAUGGCCACGCAGUGAAGAUGUCCGUGGCCAGGCUCAACAGCGUCAAUGGCUUUUUGGAGGACAACAGGAUGGAGGCAGGGGACAUGGGCAGGAUCCUCCGCUGCCUGGAGAUGGGCACCGUCCUCACCUUGUUCUAUCAGAAGAAGUCCCAAAGGCCAGAGAGAAGGACUUUCCAGGUGAAGUUGGAGACCCGGCAGAUCAUCUGGAGCCGGACACCCGAGAAGGUGGAGGGGGAUAUCGACAUUCGGGAGAUCAAGGAGAUUCGCCUGGGAAAGAACUCACGGGACUUCGAGCGUUACCCCGAGGAUGCUCGCAAGCUCGACUUCAGUAUGUGCUUCAUCAUCCUCUACGGGAUGGACUUCAGGCUGCGGACACUCAGCGUGGCCGCUUUCUGUGAGGAGGACAUCAACCUGUGGAUAACGGGCCUCAACUGGCUGGUGGUGGACACCCAGAAAGCCCAGACCCCGCUGCAGAUCGAGAGGUGGCUGAGGAAACAGUUUGAUGGGAUGGACCGGUCACGGGAAGGCAGCAUCACGGUGAAGGACCUGAAGGCCAUGCUGCCCCAAGUGAACUACCGUGUCCCCAACAUGAGGUUCCUGCGGGACAAGCUCGUGGAGGUGGAAGCCAGGAACGAGAUGACUUUCUCCCACUUCAUCCAGUUCUACAAAAACCUGAUGUUUGAUGCGCAGAAGUCGAUCAUCGAGCAGCUGGAGCUCUCUUUCCCCUUGCGGAACGUGGACCGCCCUGAGCUGUGCCAAGUCUCCCUUUAUGACUUCCAGAAGUUCCUGCUGCAUGACCAGAAGGAAUCCUGGGCCAGCGAUGUGGGCAUGGUGCGGGACUAUAUGUGCACCUACCUCAAGGAAGGCUCCAGUGAGGCAGCAGAUCCCUCCUUCCAGCUGGACGAGUUUCUCACGUACCUCUUCUCCAAGGAGAACAUGGUGAUGGAUGCGAAGUAUGAACGUGUGGUGCCAGAGGAGAUGAACCACCCUCUGUCCCAGUACUGGAUCUCCUCCUCCCACAACACGUACCUGACAGGCGACCAGUUCUCCAGCGAGUCCUCCCUGGAGGCGUACGCCCGUUGCCUGCGCAUGGGCUGCCGCUGCAUUGAGUUGGAUUGCUGGGAUGGCCCAGAUGAUCUCCCUAUCAUCUACCAUGGCCACACGCUCACCUCCAAGAUCAAGUUCCUGGAUGUGCUGCACACCAUCAAGGAGCACGCAUUUGUCACCUCUGAGUUCCCCAUCAUCCUCUCAAUUGAAGACCACUGCAGCAUCGUCCAGCAGAGGAACAUGGCCUCCCACUUCAAGAAGGUCUUUGGGGAUAUGCUACUCACCAAGCCCGUGGACAUCAAUGCUGAUGAGCUACCCUCACCCACCCAACUCAAGAAGAAGAUCCUAAUCAAGCACAAGAAACUGGUCGAAGGAAACCUGUAUGAGGAGGUCUCCACUGCCAGUUACUCAGAGAAUGACAUAAGCAACUCUAUCAAGAAUGGUAUCCUCUACCUCGAAGACCCCAUCGACCACACAUGGAGCCCCCAUUAUUUUGUCCUAACGAGCAACAAGAUCUACUACUCGGAGGAGACAUCCCGCUACCAGUUCAAUGAGGAUGAGGAAGAAGUGGAGCAGAAGGAGGAGUUCAACAACAACGAGCUGCACUUCACAGAGAAGUGGUUCCAUGGGAAGCUGGGAGGUGGCCGCGAUGGACGGCAGAUUGCUGAGAAGCUGCUGCACGAGUACUGCACCGAGACAGGUGGCAAGGACGGCACCUUCCUGGUGCGCGAGAGCGAGACCUUCGUGGGUGACUACACCCUCUCCUUCUGGAGGUCCAGCCGGGUGCAGCACUGCCGGAUCCACUCGAGGCAGGAGGCAGGCGCCACCAAGUUCUACCUGACAGACAACCUGGUCUUCGACAGCCUCUACAGCCUCAUUUGCCACUACCGUGAGGUGCCGCUCCGCUGCAACGAGUUUGAGAUGCGCCUCACCGACCCCGUCCCCCAACCCAAUGCCCAUGAAAGCAAAGAGUGGUAUCAUGCCAGCUUGACACGCCUGCAAGCCGAGCAUAUGUUGAUGCGGGUCCCGCGGGAUGGAGCCUUCCUAGUGCGCAAGCGCAGUGAACCCAACUCCUACGCCAUCUCUUUCCGGGCAGAGGGGAAGAUCAAGCACUGCCGCAUCCAGCAGGAAGGUCGGCUCUUCAUGUUGGGCAGCUCAGCAGAGUUUGAGAGCCUUGUGGACCUCGUUAGCUACUAUGAGAAGCAUCCACUCUACCGCAAGAUGAAGUUGCGUUACCCCAUCAAUGAGGAGACCCUGGAGAAGAUGGGCACCACCGAACUGGACUAUGGAGCCCUGUAUGAGGUGCGGACCCCCCACUUCUACGUAGAGGCCAACAAGAUGCCAAUGGCCAGGUGCACAGUGAAGGCUCUCUACGACUACAAAGCACAGCGGGAGGACGAGCUGUCAUUCUGCAAGCAGGCCAUCAUCCACAACGUUGACAAGCAGGACGGCGGCUGGUGGCGAGGGGACUACGGGGGCAAAAAGCAACUGUGGUUCCCAGCCAACUACGUGGAGGAGAUCGUCAGUGCCCAAGCGCAGGAGCAGGAUGAGGCUUCAUCGGAAAACAGCCCCUUGGGGAAUUUCUUGAAAGGCUUCAUUGAUGUCCCAUCCUGCCACGUUGUUAUCUCCAAAGACGGGAGGAGCUCCAAACCAUUUGUCUUCACCAUCCAUUCCCAGCAGAUGUCCCACGCAGCCCAAUCGCUGGACGUGGCCGCUGACACACAGGAGGAGCUCAGUGAGUGGGUGGCCAAGAUCCGAGAGGCCACACAGAACGCCGACGCCAGGAUGCAAGAGGGAAAGAUCAUGGAGCGGAGGAAGAAGAUUGCGCUGGAGCUCUCUGAGCUGGUUGUGUAUUGUCGCCCGGUGCCAUUCGAUGAGGACAAGAUCGGCACAGACAAGGCGUGUUACCGGGACAUGUCCUCCUUCCCGGAGACCAAGGCAGAGAAGUACGCCAACCGCAGCAAGGGGAAGAAGUUCCUGCAGUACAACCGGCGCCAGCUCAGCCGCAUCUACCCCAAAGGGCAGCGCCUGGACUCCUCGAACUAUGACCCAUUGCCCAUGUGGAUCUGUGGCAGCCAGCUGGUGGCCCUCAACUUCCAGACGCCUGACAAGCCAAUGCAGCUAAAUCAGGCGCUCUUCAUGCUUGGUGGCCGCAGCGGCUAUGUCCUACAGCCUGACAUCAUGAGGGACGAGACGUUCGACCCCUUUGACAAGAACAGCCUGAAGAUUGUGGAGCCCAUCACGGUCCAGCUGCAGAUCCUUGGUGCCCGGCACCUACCCAAGAAUGGGAGGAGCAUCGUGUGUCCCUUUGUGGAGGUGGAGGUGUGCGGCUCCGAGUACGACAACAGCAAGAACAAGACAGAUGUUGUAGCCGACAACGGCUUCAACCCUGUCUGGCUCUUCAAGCAGUUCGUCUUUGACAUCAACAACCCUGAGUUCGCCUUCCUCCGCUUUGUGGUGUACGAGGAGGACAUGUUCAGCGACCCAAACUUCUUGGCACAAGCUACCUUCCCCGUCAAGGGCCUCAAAACAGGCUACCGGUCGGUGCCGUUGAAGAACAGCUACACCGAGGACCUGGAGCUCGCUUCUCUCCUCAUCCACAUUGAGAUCAUCAAUGCCAAGGAGGAAGAUGAGGAGAACCUCUACUCGUCCAUCCAGCAACUACGGGACCGUGCCAGCGAGCUCUCCAGCCAGGUCUCCAGCUAUGAGCGCACCAACGGCUGCGACUCCCGCUACCAGCAGCGCCUUGAUGAGUUACGGGCAGCCCAGGAGCGGCUCAUGGAGCUUACUGAAGUCCGCAACCGCAAGUUGAUGGAGAAGAAGAAGAGGGACCGGCAAAUGGUCACCAAACGCAGCUGAGCUGGAUGGACAAAAGCCUGUCAGCACGCUGUGGACCCCCCUGGCACCUCCUCUUCUGCUGCAAGAGGAGGUGGGGCAGCCAGAUCUGGACACCCUCCCUCAUGCCUGGAGAUGGAUGGGGUGACAAAUUUGGGGACAAAAGGGGACUUCGAGUAGCUCAAUAUCUCUCCAUCGGGGUGAGGUGGGAGGCAGGAUGCUCUGGUGUAAAUCCCAGCUGCCUCCAGCUUCAUCCUAUGUCCCCUAGGGCUGGUGGCCACAUCCCUGUCUCUGUGAGAUGGCUACCACAGCUCCUUUUCACCCCACAUCCUCCUUGUCCCAUCACCCCAUGGUGAGGUGGGGCAAUGAGCCUCACAACCAAUGGGGAAACUGAGACACCAGAAAGGUCUCCAACCAGCCUAGAAUGGGGCAGAACCCACCACCCCUUGUCCUGCCACCUCCGCAGUGUGGCCAGGGGACAGGAGUGGUUGGCAGUGAGGCACUACAAUGGGGACACAGGGGACACUUGAGGGGACAUUUUGUCCCCCUCACUAUAAAUAUCUGUAUUUUCUUCUUUUAUCCAGCGUGUACAUAAGGCGCAGGGGGUGGGGGCUGCACCAGUAUUAGGACACAGGGGGACACCAAAAGGUCCCGAGAUACCCUUGAGAUGGGCACAAGGAAGCCAGAGACCAUGUUCGGAGGUGCCCUGUGGGGCAGGGCGGCCAGUGAUGGGGCCACUACACAUCUCUGUCCCCAAGGUGACUCCAGCAUUGCCACCAAACCCUGGGAAUGGGGAUGAAUCCUGCCAAUGGAGGUGGCAGCUGAUGGGGACAUCUCGGAGUGUCCC